AUGCAGGAUGAGGGGGAUGCAAGUGGCCCGUCGCGCAAGUCCUUGGGAGGCUGCCUCUGCGGUCGCUGCGGGAAGAGGGGUCUACUGGGGGGACUCUCCUCGUCCUCCCUGGCGACCCUCCUCGGCACGCCGCCGGCAGCCGGCGGGGACGGACGUGGCCUGGACUUCCUUGACGAGAGGAACGCUGCGACGCGGUCCUCUAGGCCGGGUUGGUACAAGGAAUUGUUCGCCAGGGUCAUGGCUCAGAGCAUGAAGGCCUACGAAGCAGAGGUUAGCCGCCGCCUCAGUUUUCUUUCCCAACGCCCGUAAGCAGGGCAGCGCAACUCAACCCUAGGUUUAAAAUUACAAGGGAAAAAACGCUAAUUGGAUAACGUUUACUCAAAAAAUAGUCAAAUAUCACAACCUCAGUGAUAAAUACAGAUCCUAAAUCUAUCGCUGGAUCCACCCACAUCAGCAAUUAUAUCUUUGAGUUCUUCAGAGUUGUGCCUUCCUGUUGUUUUGCGAACUUGAAGGUUGCAGGCUACAAGACCCAGAUCUUUUCUCAUCUGAGGGGUGAGGGCAAUAAAAUACUGGAGCUUGGUGUCGGCACUGGCCCCAACAUCAAGUACUAUGCAAACGCCGCGGGUGUCGUUGUUGGUGUCGAUCCCAAUGAACGGAUGGAAAAGUAUGCCCGGGUGACAGCGGCAGAUGCAGGUCUCCCAUCAGAUCAAUUUACUUUCGUACAAGGCGUAUGUGGCAUCCACUGUGUAGUUGAUGAUCUGACCCAAGCAAUUUCCUCCCAACUGAUGGAAUUAUCUUCUGCAGGUGGCUGAAGCCUUACCAGUGAAGGACAACUCGAUGGACGCAGUGGUUGGAACCCUAGUUCUGUGCUCUGUCCCCGAUGUUGCCGCGGCAUUGAAAGGUACGCAUCUUGGCCCAGACCCCCGGGCAAUAUCUGGGUUCUGCAAUCUUAUCGCAAACACUCAAAUGUCUGCAGAGGUGAAGAGAGUUCUGAAGCCUGGUGGGUACUACAUAUUCAUCGAGCAUGUUGCCGCCCAAGGUGAUAAACCAACGAAUCUAAUGUCUCUACUCUUGGGGACUCCCAGUUUUCUCAUGCUUCGAUCUUUUCUUGGCAUCGUCAGACGGGACUCUCCUGAGGUUCGCGCAGAGAGCUCUGGAUCCCCUGCAGCAGUUCGUCGCCGAUGGGUGCCAUCUUGCGAGGGAGACGGGAAAGAGCAUAUCCAAGGCAGGCUUCUCUGAUGUUCAGAUAAGCGCGACCUCCAUAGACGUUCUGUCCAUCGUCAGCCCCCACAUCUAUGGACUUGCCUGUAAGUAA